AUGAUCCAUCAGCCCAUGGCGAAUUGGACACGGGUGUCAGAACUUAUCCUACUUGGCUUUCCUGGACUCGAUGAAAGUUUUGAUGUCCCGAUCUCCAUUGGCUUGUUCCUUGCUUACAUCAUCUCUCUCUUUGCAAACGCUACAGUGAUACUUCUAAUCGCUUUCAAUCGUCAUCUGAAUCAGUCAAUGUACAAGAUUAUGGUGAACCUUGCUGUGUCCGACCUUCUGUUUGACACCAUAACUCUGCCCAAAAUUAUUGCAAAGUACUGGUUCAGUGCUGGAUCUAUACCCUACUGUGUGUGCAUCUUACAACUCUUCUGCGUCCAUUUUCUUGGAAGCGUUGAUGCCUUUAUCAUUAUGUUAAUGGCUUUGGAUCGUUACAUAGCCAUUUGCUACCCUCUGAGAUACUCUUGUAUCAUGACCAACAGAACAACCUGCAUUCUCUGUUGCUUCUUCUGGAUCUUUGCUGGAGCCAUCGGUGCAGUAACAGCCAUCUUGGAUUCUACAGUACCCAUCUGCAACAAAAACAAAAUAAAGGGCUGUUUCUGCACCAAUACGGCCCUCACUGCAUUAUCAUGCACGGACGUUACCUUUGUGAAACAACUGGCUUUCGGCCUGGCAAUGUUCGUUCUCCUGUUGCCUUUCACUUUUAUCAUAUUCUCCUACGUUGCCAUCAUCAAGGCCAUCUGCUCACGGGACCAUUGUGAAAACUGGCGGAAAACUUUUUAUACCUGCGCCACGCACCUCCUGGUUAUCGGUUUAUAUUUUAUUCCCAGGAUAUUUGUGUACAUUUCUAAUCAGGUUCAGUUAAUUCUAGAUGAGGAUUUGAAUGUUUUGCUUCUUUGCUUGUAUACGUUUGUUCCGCACAUGGCAAAUCCUGUGAUAUACUGUCUGAGGACUAAGGAAAUCCGAAAAACCAUUGGAAGGUUCAUCCAGAAGAUUAUUAUCAAAGUAAAAAAUCCUAUCUCAGUAAGUGUAAUUGUCAACUAA